AUAAUGGCGUUCCUCCUGAGGAAGAAAGCCUCUCUCCUGAACCAUCGAAUUUUUCAGCUGAUCCUCUCAGUGGCUGGCACUGUGGAGCUGGGCUUCAGGUCAUCUAUCACCAACACUGGUGUCUUCCAGCACAUCCUCUGCAAUUUCGAGUUGUUUUCUAAGAAACAGACAUUUACCCUGGGACCUGUUUUCUUUGGGGGAGUAGAAUUUACUGGAAAUUGGAUUUGGAAGGACCCAGGAAUGCUGAAGCUGCCCACCAGGCACAGCUUAUACCCAAGCUUGUCUUCCUAUUCAAUGAACCAGCCUCAUCCCCUCCAAGAUCCCACCAUCAUUGGCAUCCUGGCCUGUCAGCUAAGGGGCCACUUCAGCACCCAGGACUUGCUCAGGAUUGGGCUGUUCGUUGUGUAUACCCUCAAGCCUUCGUCAGUGAAUGAAAGGCAGAUCUGCGUGGACGGAGCCCUGGACCCUUCCCUGCCUGCUGGAAGCCAAACAUCUGGAAAGACAAUCUGGCUCAGAAACCAGUUGCUGGAAAUGCUGCUCAGUGUAAUAUCUUCCCCCCAACUUCAUCUGUCCUCUGAGUCAAAGGAAGAGAUGUUUCUGAAACUGGGGCCCGACUGGUUCCUGCUGCUUCUGCAGGGCCACCUGCAUGCCAGCACCACUGUGCUGGCAUUGAAGCUGCUGCUGCACUUUCUGGCAAGCCCCUCCCUCCGCACACGGUUUAGAGAUGGCCUGUGUGCAGGAUCCUGGGUAGAACACAGCACUGAGGGCGUGGACAUUGUAAUGGACAACCUGAAGAGCCACUCGCCACUGCCUGAGCAGAGCCCGUGCCUGCUUCCUGGGUUCCGUGUCCUGAAUGACUUUCUGGCCCACCACGUCCACAUUCCAGAGGUCUACCUCAUCGUGUCCACCUUCUUCUUGCAGACACCACUCACAGAGCUGACGGACGGGCCCAAAGUAGGUGUUCAGAGCACCCACGGAGUGACACACUUGGUUUUCUGAUUCCACAUGACUAAG